GUUGGCAACCAAACACGACCUUGAAACUACUCAGCUGGGCUGUAAUAAACGCAAAUCUUUCUCUAUCUCUCAUCCAUCUCUCUGCUUGCAUCAUCAACAUCUAUACAUUAUUAUAAUUAAAUUAUUUAUUUAAUAAAUAAUAACAAUAAUCUAUACUCACAGAAUAUACACACAUAUUUCAAUUUUUCAUUCACGCCAGAGUUGUUGAACAAGUGAUUCGAUCAUAGCUGACUCCAUCUCUCAAUUUCGCGACAGGAGAGAUUUUGAAGAACUUUGAAAGUAGUCUUGCAUAAUUUGUCACCACGACUAUAUAUCUGAUUCAUUGGAUCUGAAUAUUGUUACCGCAUUGCUCGGAAAGGAGUACAUAGAGGAGCAAACUAAAGACCAUAAUUCUAUGAUCUUGUAUUGAUCAAUUUGCUUACUACAAUGGCUGGUUCAUCUCCCGAAGCAAUCAGAGAAAACCGUAUUGACAGUUAUCCUUUGCUCAUGGAGCAGCCAGAAAAUGGUGAAAGUAGUGACCAUGUUAUCGACAUAGAGAGGCAUGGUGAUGCAUCCUCGUCCUCAUCAGUCUCGCCUGAUAAUCAUUCAUCUAGCUUUAAUCAUAAUGAACAAAGGCCAUCAAGUAGUGCUCAAGCAACUAUGAGUCAUUCACCCAGGUCUACAUCUAAUUUGCCGAAUCCGCCAAGUCCUUCUCUCUCCAGGAGAGGUGAAUCAUAUGGUCGUCGUCACUGGAGCCCUUUUAACACUAUGCUGUGGAUUUCUAUCGAGCUUGCAUUUAUUUCAGCUCAAAUAAUUGCAGCAAUUGUUGUUUUGACUUUGUCGAGACAUGAAAAUCCACAGACUCCUUUGUUUGCCUGGAUUGUUGGUUAUGCAACUGGAUGCUUAGCAUGUCUUCCUCUACUUUACUGGCGCUAUCUUCACCGGAAUCAAGCUCCUGAGCAAGUGUCAACUCCAUUGCGACAGGAUUCAUCUCAAACCAACUCCCAAGCUGAGCAGAAUUCUUAUAUUACUAUUGCCUUGACUCGUUCGUCAGAUGAAGAGGGUCAAAAUAAUGUGCCACAAACUCAGAAUACUCAAAGUAUUAGAGUUGAAAAUCCAAGGCUUAUUGCACUGGUGGACCAAUUCAAGAUGGCAUUAGAUUGUUUCUUUGCGGUGUGGUUUGUUGUUGGAAAUGUAUGGAUAUUUGGUGGGAAUGCCUCUGCUGCUGAUGCUCCAAAUUUGUAUAGGUUAUGUAUAGUUUUUCUUACAAUAAGCUGCAUUGGGUAUGCUAUGCCCUUCAUUUUAUGUGCAAUGAUAUGCUGCUGCUUGCCAUGUAUAAUAUCAAUACUGGGAGUCCGGGAGGAUGUGAAUCAAAUGCGAGGAGCCAGUGAAGAGUCCAUUAAUGCUCUGCCAAAGCUCAAAUUCCAACUGAAGAGAAAUGGAAGUAGCAGCAGUAAAGGCAGUAGUAGUUCAGGAGUUGAUGAAGGUGGAGUCGUAGCAGCAGGAACAGAGAAGGAGCGUGCCAUUUCAGGGGAAGAUGCUGUUUGUUGUAUUUGCUUGGCUAGAUACACGGACAAUGAUGAGUUGAGGGAGCUUCCAUGCUCUCAUUUCUUUCAUACAGACUGUGUGGACAAAUGGCUAAAGAUCAAUGCAUCAUGUCCACUUUGCAAGUUUGAAAUUGUUGGUAGCAAUGAGAAUUCAUCAACUGUCGACCCCAAUCAGCAGGAGUGUUGAGGGGUUUUAUUAAAGGGACUGGAGCAAACACGCGAAGCAGUUCUACAAGCUCUGACAGUGUUUUGAAGUAAAUACUGCCUUUGGUUAAUUCUAUACUUUUCUUUUCAUAGCAAAGAUGUUGUACAGGUGACCAGUUGAGUGAUAUUAAUAUACUUAACAUGACGGCAUGGUAUAUAGAAUCCCAAUUAUGCUUGCUCAA